AAAAAAAUUGUGAGAAUGACAUUGCUUUUGGGGCUCAGGAAGAUCUGCUCCCUCUUCCUCGCCACCCUCACCUCCCCGGAGGGAACCCCCAUCCUCCCCUUCUACCGCUCCAUCACCGCCACCUCCUACUCCGUCUUCGUCGAAUCCAAGCUCCGCCCCCUCCCCGUCGUCUCCUCCCUCCCCCCUCCGCCGCGCCUCUCCUACCUCGUCUCCGGCUCAAAGGGCGACGGCGCCGCCGUCACCCGCGUCCUCUUGGCCCUCUACCACCCCAACAACCGCUACGUGGUCCACCUGGACCUCGAAUCCUCGCCGGAGGAACGCUCCGAUCUGGUGAGGUUCGUGGAGGGCCACGCGUUGUUCAAGCGGUUCGGAAAUGUGAGGGUUAUAAAGAAGGCGAAUCUCGUCACGUACAGGGGACCCACCAUGGUCGCAAACACGCUUCACGCCGCCGCGAUUCUGUUGAGGGAGCUUGGGGAUUGGGACUGGUUCAUCAAUCUCAGCGCCUCCGAUUACCCACUUGUCACACAAGAUGAUCUGCUGCAUACGUUUUCGUACCUGCCGCGGGAUCUGAAUUUCAGUGAUCAUACGAGUGACAUUGGAUGGAAAGAUCAUCAGCGUGCGAGGCCGAUCAUCGUUGAUCCGGGUUUGUAUAUGAAUAAGAAGCAAGAUGUGUUUUGGAUUACGCAGAGGAGGAGUAGGCCAACGGCUUUCAAGCUUUUCACAGGUGAAGAUCCUUUUCUUGUCUGUUAAUAUUGCUUUUGGCUUCCUUUCUUUUUAGGGGAAGGAAAUAAAGUUUGUUUCCCGUGUUUACUUUUGGUUUU